UCCUGCUGUGGGGGGUGUGGAAGGAAGGCAGGCUGAGAGAGAGGAGAAAAUGCAGCAUUUCCUCUCCUCCCUUUGUGAGCUGCUUUUGUUUGAUGAGGGAUUUGCAGAAACAGCCUUUGGAAGUGCUCAGGUUUUUCCUCUCCCCAUCUCCCAGCAGCUUUUACUUCAUCCUUCAGCUCUUCAUGGUGCUGUCACUCUCUCAGGGCAGGGAGCAGGGAACUCAUAUUUGUCUUUAUUUUAUUUUAACCACUCAGCUCUGCCUGCUUGCCCAGGCUGUAAAAUAAACAUUGGGCAACUUGUGGGUUUUUUCCUCAGCAAUGACACCAGAAUCUCUGCGUGUUUUGGUUAGAAAAUGACUGGAAGAAUGGCAGGAAUACAGAAAAGAUGAAAAUGUCGAGUUCUGAAGUGAAACCCUCUUGCAGUGGAAGCAUUUGGGGAGUCUGGGACCUCCAGAGCAAUCUCCCUUCUGUGAGGGAAAAAACUGCAGAGACAGAGUUGGUCAGAGCUCCUGAGGGCCCCAAAAUUCCCAGGUUUUGUGCUGGAGGGAGCAGCAGCUCUUCCUGACCUCUCUAAGGGCCACCCUGGAUUUGGGAUGGGGAUCAAGUGAGUGACCCUGGCAGAGGACUCGGGGAUGGCCCAAAUCUGGGGGUCAGUGGUGCCUGUCCCAGGCAGCAAUUUUGCCUCACACCUCCUUUGGACAGGGAAGGGAAGGGUAGAGGAGAUUCCUGGCUCCCCUUGGAGUUCUUUAUUCCCUCAGGGAAUAAUUCCCAGCACUGCUUUGGAGGAGUCCUGGUCUCUGCCAUGGAGAGCUGGAGCUGUUUGAGGUCUGUUUGUGCACCCUGCUCCAGCCUUGCUGGAUCAGCACAGGGAAUCAGGGAUUUUCCAGCUGUUCCAAACCUUAAUGUGUGUUUCCAGCCAGGAAUUUGCCUGAAAGAUGGACUAGCAGCAUUCCCUGGCUCUCCCUCCCUUUGAGGGAAGUGGGAAUGGAGCUCCAGGCCCAGCUGGGAGUGGGUCAGGGAUGGUUCCAGGGGGACAGGAGGGGAUCUGGGCUGCCUUUGGGUGGGAUUUUUGUGCUUCCCUCGUGCAGGGGAUUUUUGGGGAGCACCAAAGCCCCACUGGAGCUCCCCCCCCAGUUUUUGGGGGACGUCUCAGUGACAGCUCUUGGUGGCUUCCUGUGGUUUCUCUGCAGAGCAGCAGUGACAGAUUCCCCGAGCAGCUGAGCAGAGACCUCACAGCUCUGGGGGGACUUUGGAGAGGCCCCUCCUGCAGCUCCUGCACCAGACCUGAGCUCUGGGACACUGCUUCCCAUGCAAAGCCCCCAAGCCUGACCCACAGACCUGACCAGGCUGAGCAUCGUUCUGGGGUGAAACUUCAGCUCUCACCCGCUUGGGAUGAAAUAAAACUCCAGGAGUGAGGGAUGCCUUAAACUUCACCCCAUGUGAAGGGAAAAAUUCCUGCUCUCCAGCAGGACCCAUGGCAGGGAUUUCCUGGCCUGAGGGAGUCUCCAAUGGGACAAAUUUCCCAAGUUCCAAUGGGACAAAUGCCAGCUCAGGAGCAGCUUUGCAGCAUUCCCUGUUUGCUGUCACCUACAGCGCUGUGUUGGUGCUGGGGCUGCUGGGCAAUGCCCUGGCCCUGUCCCUGCUGUCCUGCAGAGCCAAGCCCUCGUCCCACUCCUACAUCCUCCUGCUGCAGCUGGCCCUGCUGGACACCCUGUUCCUUUGUGUGCUGCCCCUCCACAUCCAUUCCCAGCUGCGUGGGGACACCUGGGCCUUUGGGGACACGGCCUGCAGGGUCACAGGGGCUCUGUUCUGCCUCCACAUCUCCCUGAGCGUCGCCUUUUUCAGCUGCCUCUGUGCGGAUCUGUGGCUGGCAGUGCUGCACCCCUUCACCUCCAUCCAGCUCAGGGCCACCCACUACCUGCUGCUGGCCACGGCCCUGUGGGUGGUGGCCCUUGGUGGCACUGUCCCGCUGGUCCUCCACAGCAGGGGGGUGAGGAGCAGCACAGCCUGCUUUGGCAGCUUCCCUGGGAGCUGGGCUCACCCCACAGCCCCUCACACCAUCCUGGCCUUCAUUUUUGGGGUGGUUGUGCCGUUUUCCAUCAUCCUGCUGGGCUUCCCGCUGGUGGCCAGGAGCAUCUGGCAGAGCCGGCGCAGAGCUGCCAAGAGGAAGGCCCUGGGCACCAUCUCCAUCAUCCUGGGCAUCUGUGCCCUCUGCUUCCUGCCCCACCACCUCACCCAGCUGCUGCGCUUCCUGCUGGGGCUCCGGGGGAUCCAGAGGGAGCCGUUCCCCAGCCCGAUCCCCGAGAUCCAGAGGGUGACCUCGGCCCUGGCGAGCUGCAGCUGCUGCCUCAACCCCCUCCUGUACUAUUUCCACUCCUCCAGCAGGCACUGGCACUGCCCCUUCAGGCUCAGGCUCAGGUCUAAGAGGGUGUUCACCAUCUGUGACCAGAAUUUCGGGGACCCCUCCUGGGACUACAAACCCAGGCAGAGGCAUGGAAGGAAAAACCACGGGGAUGGAAUCAACUGAUCCACUCCAGACCCCACGCGGCUUCUGAGAACUGCUGAGUUUCCAUCCCCUGUGAAACUGAGACUCUGGAGAAGACUUUGUCAUUUGUGGGCGAUUGCUGAGGCACCAGAAAACCACAGGCCUGGCUUAAAACCUGCUUAGACCCGAGUUUACUCCAGAGGAUGUGGAGUUUUGGUGCAACAGAGGCACAGGCUCAGUUCUGCUCGUUCAGACACCACCCCAAAACUUUGUAAAGGGACUGGGGGCAGCUGAGAGCAGCAGAUUAACAAAAAUCAGGAUUUGAAUUUCCAAAUGCAGCCUAAAAUUCACCCUGUGCCCGGGUGCUGGGUUCCCCAGGCUGUGCUGUUCCUGGACUCUGCCUGGAGCAGGAUUGUUGUGGCAGAAUGGUUUGGGGGAUCAGUCAUUGUGCCACUGGAGGAUUUCUCAGUUUCUCUUCGCUCAGCAGUGGCUGCUGCAGCUUCUGCCCAGAGUCAGCCGAGUUUUGGUGCUCUUGGGGCAGGGACAGGCAGGAAAGAGGUGGGAAAGGAGCAGUGGGGGUGCAGGUUUGGGGGAAAUCCCAGGGUUCUGGUGGGGGUUUGGCUCUGGGAGGCUGCUCUGAUCUGCCACAGCCACUCCCCAACCUCCCUGAGCUGUGCAGGGAGCAAACCAAGAGCUGGGAUUCACUGAAAUAGAGCUGAAGCUCUGCCCUGGUUGAUUUUUGGGGGUGCAGCGUUGUGUUUGUUGUUGUUCUUGAUUGGACACCUCUUAUUAAUUACUGUUAAAACACCAGCUUGGCCUCUGGCCUCUCCCUUCCUGUAUUUUGCCAAUAUUUUUUAAACACUGGUGAGAAAAUCAGCUCCAGCUUUUCUGAACUCUGGAAAAUGAUGAUCCCUGUGUUCCUUGGGAGUGUUUGGUGAAGAUCCUGGCACUGUGAGAGCCUCAGAGGGAGCAUCAGCCCAAAAUAAUCCUUUACCUUUAGCAGAAAUUGCUGGUUUUAUCCCAUUUAUAGGCUGUGGAAAAUCCUCCCAGCACUGGAGGGGGACUGGUUUUAUCAGCCAAGCACAAUCUUUAUGCUGUGGAUAAAGGUAAAAAAAAUGGGUUGGAGGCUCCUUGCAGCUGUCCCUGAGGGAAGGAUGGGGAAUUAAAGAAGUUUUGCUGCUUGGUCAUCAGCACAUUGAGGCUUUUACACUUUCUAUAGGCUCUGUUAUGCUUUUGUACUUUGAGUUUUAGUUGUUUCAGGCAGCACUGCUGGGAUUUGAAGGGAAAUGAGCUGUGGGAGGAGAAAACACUGAGUAAUUUUUACUUCAGCGUGUAAGCAACUCAAAAAUUGUUCCUCAGAUCUGUUUCAAAACAGGUUCUUGACUCCCUGGAUAGGUUUGUCCAAGGGGGAAAAGGUGUCACUGCAGGAAUUGGACAAACACUGGAAUUCUUUUACUAAAACCAACCAGAAAAAGCACUGACAAUGUAAACAAAAUAAAAUCUGACUCUGUGACCCCCCCCCAGGCUGGGCUCUGCUCUCAGGGCGUGCUCUGGGGCAAGCCUUUCUUCAGGAGGGAUGUGAGAUAACUGCCCAGCUCUUCGUCCUAAAAAGAUAAAGAGAAAUGGGAUGAGAGCCAAAUCUUCCUCUUGACUGUCCCAGUUGGGGCAGUAAAUUUAAUUUUGGUACCUAGAAAUGAACUGAGAGAGUUCCUGGACCCUGCAAGAUCUAAGGUGAGCUGUGUUCAGAAGUGGAAACAAUCCACAAAUGAAUUUCUGGGUGUUCUUAUAAAAGAUUGGUGUGAAACUGCCAUUUCUCAAAGGACCUGAGGGAUUUCCUUUGAGGAAAAGCCCCAUUUUUGCUUGAAAUCAAAGGAAUAAAGAACCACUGAUCUUAUUGCUUGGCCCUCCAGAAGCAUUUCCUUGCUGUCAAGAAAGGAUUUAAUAAUCCAGCCACAGAAAGCAAAGAUGAUGGAAUGACUGUGAAAUAAAAGAAUGUUAAGAUCA